CUUAUUUCGACGUCUGUUGGAAAACUUGUCUCCACGCUGUCAAACACGCGCACCUGUUACGUUGACAGAGCACCGACACAAGCAAAAUGGUUAUUGCACUACGCAAAGUUCUCAUAAGCGAUGAAGUUGACCCAAAAUGUGUGCAGAUCUUGCAAAAUAAUGGAAUUGAAGUGCUUAAAAAUACCAAGUUGUCAAAAGAGGAAUUACUCGCAGAAAUACCGAAAUAUGAUGGCUUGAUAGUAAGGUCAGCGACCAAAGUCACAGCCGAUGUGAUAAAUGCUGCGACAAAUUUGAAGAUCAUUGGUCGAGCAGGGACUGGCGUAGACAACAUAGACUGUCAAGCUGCAACCCGGAGAGGGGUCAUUGUCAUGAACACACCUGGCGGGAACACGUUGAGCGCUGCUGAACACACCUGUGCCUUGAUUAUAGCUAUGACAAGGGAGCUGUCUUUAGCCGCUCAGUCCAUGAAAGAAGGAAAGUGGGACCGGAAGAAGUUCAUGGGAUCGGAACUCAACGGCAAAACACUGGGAAUUAUUGGUCUGGGAAGAAUAGGGAAAGAAGUGGCUCAAAGAAUGCAGUCUUUUGGAAUGAGGACAAUAGGAUAUGACCCCAUUAUCGGAGGUGAUGUCAGUUCCGAGUGGAACGUUGAAUGGCUGCCCAUGGAACAAAUCUGGCCUCAAGUCGACUACAUCACUGUUCAUACCCCACUCAUCCCACAGACAAAAAACUUGAUCAAUGACACAGUGUUCAGUGUGUGUAAGAAGGGCGUGCGGGUGGUCAACUGUGCCCGAGGCGGCAUCAUUGAUGAGGAGGCGUUGCUGCGGGCACUGGAAUCAGGACAGUGUGCCGGUGCUGGUCUGGAUGUAUUUGUGGAGGAGCCCCCAAAGGACUCUCCCAUAGUGAAGCACCCGAAGGUAAUCGCCACGCCUCACCUUGGGGCCAGCACGACGGAGGCACAGACCCGGGUUGCCGAGGAGAUCGCCCAGCAGUUUGUGGAUCUCACCAAGGGAACCAGUCUGUUUGGAGCGAUAAAUGCCCCUGCCCUGGCUAAUGCCCUGAGUCCCGAGACGAAACCCGUGGUCAGUUUAGGAGAGGGCCUGGGCAGUCUGGCUUCGGCUAUCGGAGGCGGCAGCGCUAAGAGUGUCCAGCUCACGACUUACGGUUCGUCGCUGAGCAAUGCGGGGAAGUAUCUGAAUGCAGCAUUGUUGGCCGGCUUCCUACGCAACCAGGGAUCAGGCGACAAGGCACAGCUCAACCUCGUCAACUCACCUGUACUAGCCAAGGAGGCAGGCCUAGAGGUUGUUGUAAAACAUGAAGAUGCCGUCCCAGGGUCCUACAGCAGUCUUGUUGCCGUGACGAUACAGACUAGCGGGGGACCCAUCACAAUUAAAGGAACCGUGUCUGGCUCCAGCGCCACUCUGGUGGAGAUCCAAGGUGCCACCUUCUCCAUCCCCCCAGUUCUCAGAGGACCGGCCUUAGUUUUCAAGGGAAGCAACUCUUCUCUGCUGUCAGUAGCAAAUGGCCUGGAGAAGGUCGGGUCGAGACUGACAAGCCUGUCUCUAUCUCAAGAGGUAGAUUCUACCCAGUGGGGCGUCGUCCACCUGGACAAGCCAAUCAACAGCAGCUUCAAAACUGUCGAGAACUCACUGCUGGCUGCACACCAGAUUGUGUUUUAGAAAUCGGUAGUUACAUUGACUCCAAUCUUGUUAUGUAAUACAAAAUAUCUGUUGUA